AUGUUCGUUUCUUUUUCUUACCGUCCUUCCAUGGCGCUAGCUCUCCUCGAAGCCAUCUUCAACGAUAGCGGCUCAGAAACACAGUGGAUCAGCAAGUCGAGCCGUCCAAUGGGAGUUAUCAAUCAGCCAUCCGGGCAGAUCAAGCUUACUAAUGUGUCGCUGGUGAGGCUUAAGAAGGGGAAGAAGCGGUUCGAAGUUGCUUGCUACCAGAACAAGGUACAGGACUACCGUCGCGGCGUGGAGACCGACCUGGAUGAGGUGCUGCAGAUCAACCAGGUGUUUCUAAAUGUGUCUAAGGGCCAGGUUGCGUCCAACGAGGACUUGAACGGGGCUUUCGGGACAAAGGAGCAGGAAGUCGUCAUCAAGGAGAUCCUAAGCCGCGGAGAGAUCCAGUUGUCCGAGAAGGAACGACAGCAGAUGCACGGGAAGAUUACCAACGAGCUGCUGACUCUGGUUAGCGCCAAGUGCGUCAACCCAAACUCCAAAAAGCGCUAUCCACCAACGAUGAUCCACAAGGCGCUUGCAGAGCUCAAGUUUAACGUCGUGACGAAUAAGCCCGCGAAGCUGCAGGCACUUGAGGCCAUUAAGCUGCUCGUGCAGCGCCAAAUCAUUCCGAUUGCUCGGGCCAAGAUGCGAGUCAAGGCGGUGCUUCCACGCGAAGGCAAUGCCGAGGCUAUUGCGCAAGCCGCCUCGCUCAUUGCGGCGACCGAGGCCGCGCCCGAAAGCGCAACCACGUGGAUGUGCACAGGCCUGAUCGACCCAAUGAACUACCGCGAACUGGUCACGCUCUGUGGCAAGUGCGGAACGCUGCAGGUGCUGGACAUGGCGGUUCUGGACGAUGCGAAUCAGUGA